AUGAAUCUCAAUGGUAUCGCCAAUGCAAGGGAGCUGGGAGAAGCAGAUCGACUGUGCAGUAAGCAGAAUCUCAGACGCGGCGAGCUGGAUGACUUCAAUGGCCAAGAUACGGAAAAGAAAAAAUCGGUCACGAUGGGGGAGGGUGUCAAAAGGUCCCUAACAGGACCCUGCACCCGAACAACCGCGCACGUGAGCGAGCACCAAGCUGGGCUCACCGCUAGUGCUUUCAGCUGGGCAAAGUGGCUUUUCUCUGUACUUUGUACUUCGAUUCUUGUUUCUUACGCUAAUGGCAAAUUAUCUGCGCCCAAAUUCGUUGUUGAUCGAGACACAUCAUACCAGCGACUUCCUAAACGAAGCACUUGCGAAAAUGGCAAAGCGCAACCAGACUACAACUUGGGCCUCCAUGUCGCUGGCCUCUUCAUCAUCCUGUUUGUGUCGGGCACCGGCUGUGCUUUUCCAAUGCUCGUUCUCCGAUUUCCACGUCUACGCAUUCCACCAUCUUUUCUGUUCGGCGCCAAGCAUUUUGGUACCGGCGUCCUAGUCGCAACUGCAUUUGUCCAUUUACUUCCCACAGCUUUCAUUUCCCUGAACGAUCCAUGUCUCUCGAGUUUCUGGACUACAGACUACCAGGCUAUGCCCGGUGCCAUCAUGCUAGCUAGUGUCUUCUUCGUCACAUUAAUCGAGAUGGUCUUCUCUCCUGCCCAGCACGUCUGCGGUGGAAACGAAGGAGUAACCGCCGUGUCGCGACGUGCAGAAGAGCCUAAAAUAGAGAUUGAUCCACCAGCCGCACCGCACGCAGAAUUGCAGAGACAAUACUCAGACAACAGUCUGCGAGUCCGCGAUCUAGGCGCUCUCCGUGGCCGAGUCGGCAGCAUCAGUAGAACACUCUCGCGCUACCACGAAGAUGGUCAAAACGCCAAUGCAAUCCACCUCCGCAACGAAGCCAGCAAGGAGGCCCGCAACGAUUCAACCGUGAAGCACGACCAGGAGUCCGGCGAGCACACCCACGUCCUCACACCGGACCAACUCCACCGCAAAGCAGUCAUGCAAGUCUUUCUCCUCGAAAUGGGCAUCCUCUUCCACAGCAUCUUCAUCGGCAUGUCCCUCGCCGUUUCCGUAGGCAGCGACUUUACAGUCCUCCUCAUCGCAAUCGUCUUCCACCAGACAUUCGAGGGCCUCGCUCUUGGCGUGCGUAUCGCGGAUAUUGAUUGGAAACCACGUGCUGCACAGCCGUGGCUCAUGGCCCUUGCAUAUGGCUGUACCACGCCCGGUGGCAUGGCGAUUGGUAUCGCGACACAUACUUUGUACUCGCCCGACUCGGAGGUUGGGCUCUUGGUUGUGGGUAUCAUGAAUGCGGUGUCUGCGGGCUUCUUGGUGUAUGCGUCCCUUGUGGAAUUGUUGAGUGAGGAUUUCUUGAGCGACGAGAGUUGGAAGGUUCUUAGGGGACGGAGGAGGGUGGGGGCUUGUUUUUUGGUCUUUUGGGGUGCUUUUUUGAUGAGUUUGGUGGGGGCUUGGGCGUGA